CUUGGAGAAAUGAAGAGAUGCCAAAUUUAACUAACUUCUUAUAAAAUAAACUCAAUACAACAUCCAAUAUAAGACGAAGAACGAAAAUUAAGGAAAAUAUCAAUAUGGCUAGUUUUGAUAUUCCAACAAUUGAUGUUUCUCCAUUUUUUAAAUCAGAGGAAAAUGAAGGAGCAAAAAAGAAGGCCAUUGAGCAAAUUAGAGAAGCUUGUGUUAGCUAUGGUUUCUUUCAAAUUGUGAAUCACGGAAUUCCUUCUGACUUGUUGAGCAGAACCAUCGAUAUGUAUAAGACUUUCUUUGCCUGUUCCGAUGAAGAAAAACAGUGUGUACCUGAUAAUUAUUUAAAAAGCACACCGAAUUCAGCUGAGACUUUUGAGCACUUGUGGUUUCGUUUUCCAUUCUCUGGCUUCAAUAACUGCCGCAGCAUUACACCUCAUUUCAAGAAAGUAUUGGAGGAGAUUGUUUCCCAUUUCACAAAAUUAGGAGUUGUGUUGGAAGGGAUCAUAAGUGAGUGUCUUGGACUCCCUCCUGACUUCCUCUCAAACUACAGAAAUGAUCGUUCUCGGGACUCGUUGAUGGGGCUGCACUACUUUCCAGCGACAGAAGAUGACAACACAGGAAAACCUGCGCAUGAAGAUCCUGGCUGCUUCACUAUUCUCUACCAGGAUGAAAUCGGAGGCCUUCAGGUGCACAAAGAUGAGCACUGGAUACCCAUACCGCCUUCCAAAGACAAACUAGUUGUUAACAUUGGUGAUGUCAUUCAGGUGCUAAGCAACAAUAAAUUCAAGAGUGCAACUCACAAAGUAGUGAGACCAAUUGAAACAAACCGUUACUCGUACGUGUUCUUCUAUAAUGUGCAAGGAGACAAGUGGAUUGAGCCAUUACCACAAUUUACAAAGGAAAUUGGAGAGUCUCCCAAGUAUAGAGGAUUCGUGUUUGAAGAAUAUCAUGAGUUGAGAUUCAGAAACAGGAGUCAUCCACCAGCUAGACCUGAAGAUCUCAUCCAUAUAACACACUACUCAAUUUCUAAUUAGACAAAAAGUUUAUGUGAUGAGAAAUUUUCUCUAUAUAUGGCAAGAAACAUAGCAAUGAUAUGUAUGCAGAUCUUUUGUUUUCUUUCUUUUCCAAAUAACAUCAACUACUCCUUUCAUAUUGUUUUA